CGCAUUGCAAAAGACAAAACUGAAAGUAAACAAGAUCUUGCGAAAUACAUUGUAGGUUGGUUAUUCAUCAAUACGGUAAAAUGAAUUUAUCGUUUCCUAUUCUAUUAACAGAAGAGCAGCAAAGAGCGUACAAGCAAAUAUGGGAUUUUGGUCAGUAUUGAGAAGGCCCAAUAAACUACAAGAUCUCCCAGACUCAAGUAAUGUCAGAGGAAUAACUUGGUACUUUACAAACACGAGAGGACAGAUUCAAUUUCUUCACACAAUUGCUGUCUUAUAUGUCAUAGUGUUCUGUUUUCUUGUGUGCUGGGCAUCUGUUACCUUGGGGUUACCAUUGGUCUUUGAAGACUCGCCAACAACACUCAAAUAUGCUCAAGCAUUUAUGAUAUACCUUUGCUUCUUCAUAGAAAGCAACUACAUUUUGCUAAAGUUACGAGCAAAAGAUUCACAUGUUUUGAGGAAAACAAAUGGAGACCUACCGAUUGGAAGGAUAAGUAAUGUUUUAAAUGAAAAUCAAAACAAAUACCAUGAACAGUCUCCAGAGAAUGAACAUGAAAGAAUCAAUUCCUGGACACAAUGUUCACACUGUAAUAUCCAAGUGCCGCCCCGUGCAAGGCAUUGCUCUAUAUGCCAAACCUGUGUUUUGAAGAAAGAUCAUCACUGCUUUUUCACUGGCUGCUGCAUUGGCUUUUACAACCAGCGCUACUUCAUUAGACACUGUUUCUUAGGGAUUAUAGGAGGAACAUGGGGACUGUAUAAUCUAGGAACAUACUUAUCCAUAAAUUAUGCUGCUUUUUUCAGUUUUCAAGUUUAUAAAUACUUCUUACCUUAUUGUGUAUUAUCGGCUAUGCUAGGAUAUGUGUCAAUUUAUGAAGUGUUUUUAGUGCUUCUGUUUUACUGCCAUAUAACAAGCACGGCAACAUCUUUCUACUAUUUCUGGUGGCAAUUAUUCAUUAUAUUACGUGGACAAACAAGCUAUGAGUUCAUGAAAAAGAAGAGGCUGUAUAAGGAUGACUUUUGGCCCCAUAUGCGGUCUGUGUUUGGUCCAUACUGGGGCAUUGGAUUUCUGUUUCCUAUUUCAUUCAUGAAAAACGAAGGUGAUGGCAAAACAUGGCAGCUCAAUUCAAAGAAUAUGUGAUGAAUGAAGCUGACAGAAAAACACCGAACCUCCAUAUACUAGUAUAAAAAUUUUGUGACAUUACAGUAAUUUUCAUUUGCAUGUUUAGUAAGAUGUUGUAAUUUAUACCAGAGUGAAACGAACAAAAUAAACUGUAAUUAUUGCUAAUAAAUGUAAUGUUACUAUGAUCAAAUUCAUUGUCUAUUUAAUAGAUACCAGCUUACUAGUAUCCAUUCUCGUUCGCCUGAGUGAUGGUGCCAUGCUCUGAUGAAUUAGUAUGACUGGUAUCAGGAACAUGUCUUAAAUAGCAUGUUGGAUGAUGGAAUUCGGGUUAGAUGACAAUGAUUCUUCUUUACAGUACAAUCAUAUUUCAUUGAAAAUAAUUUGUUCACAUAUUUAAUAUUGGAGACAUUAUUUUAAAACAUUCUUGAAAUUGAGUUAUUUUACUUACUUUUAUGAACAAGCACUGAACAGUUACUGACAGAAAUUCAGUUGAACAGAAUUUUGUAAAGUCAAGUCAAUUUUUAAUGGUGUUACUAAAUAAAUUAUUUUCGGUAAAAAACAGCCUUUUCUGCCACAUGGUUCAUAGAUAAUUGUUAACAAUAGAACACUUAUUUAAACUUUUUUUGAUAUUGCAUCUUUGUUGCAACUUACAAACACUUAAACAUGUCAUUUGAAAUCAUUUUUAUCAAUAAUAUACCUUUGGAAACAAGAACAGCCCCUUUUAAAAAAGAAAGAAGUUGUAUUUGUUCAUGCUUUUCUUUUCCAUGAAAUAUCUAUUUUUAAUCAGUGAAUAUAUUUGAUAUUUUCACUGUAAACUAAGGAGUGAAAAUAUCAACCGUAAGAAUUACAGUACUUUUAAAAUUCAAUUGUAGUUUCAUGUACCAACUCUUGAACAAAACCAAAUACCUCAGUUUUGAAUGAGUAAAUGUUGCCAAAAACACGGACCUUUUUGUCCAUGUCAUUGGAAAGAGCAAGUUUUUGCGUUAAUGUCUGCAAACCAAUACUAUAAGACUGCCGACAAAAGAUCAUAUCGCAGAUUUUCAGAUUUUCCGUUUGAAAAUUAA